CGACGCCCCAAGCAUUUGAGCUUGUUAUGAAGUUGCAAGAGCAACUUUGCUCUACUUGACGAAAUAAUCGUCAUGUCGGAGGCAUCGUCAACAUUACUAUCGUCGGCGUCCUCGUCCUCAACAUCUGCGGCCGCCUCACCCUCUGCCUCGACUUACAACAGUCUCCUCCAGUCUUUCAAAUCUAAGGUUGUACUUACCGCAACUAUCGGAGGCGUGCUCGUACUUGCGGUAACGAUCUUCCUGGCGGUGUUCAAGAUUUCUCGCGGAAUUCGGUCAUACCGUGAAUCGAAACGGCGACGAAGACUGAUCAUCCAAGCUGGACCCGGAAGAAAGGGAAGGAACGCCUAUGAGAUCUUUGAAUGGGAAGGUGUACCGACGGUUUAA